AUGGCGGCCCUGACAAGGUGUCGGCAGACCCCUUAUGUAUACUCGUCUCCACCACCUCCAGUGUAUGAGUACAAAUCACCACCACCUCCUUCUCCGUCUCCACCACCACCUUAUGUGUACAAGUCUCCACCUCCUCCCUCGCCUUCUCCCCCACCUCCAUAUGUUUAUAAGUCUCCUCCUCCUCCUUCUCCAUCACCACCUCCUCCAUAUGUGUAUACGUCUCCACCCCCUCCAUCGCCAUCUCCACCACCACCAUAUGUGUAUAAGUCCCCACCACCUCCCUCACCGUCUCCACCACCACCCUAUGUGUAUAAGUCUCCCCCACCUCCAUCACCAUCACCACCUCCACCAUAUUACUACAAGUCUCCUCCUCCACCAUCACCUUCACCACCACUCCAUAUUACCUACAAGUCUCCACCUCCACCUUCACCGUCACCACCCCCACCAUAUUAUUAUAAGUCUCCACCGCCACCUACUCCUUCACCUCCUCCACCAUACAUUUACAAAUCUCCACCACCACCUUCACCUUCUCCUCCACCACCAUAUUACUACAAGUCUCCACCUACUCCAUCACCUUCACCACCAUCACCAUACUAUUACAAGUCUCCUCCUCCACCUUCCCCAUCACCACCCCCACCAUACUAUUACAAGUCUCCACCACCACCGGCUAAAUCACCUCCUCCCCCGUACUAUUACAAUUCUCCUCCACCACCAGUGAAGUCUCCCCCUCCACCAUACUACUACUCCUCGCCACCACCACCAAAGAAAUCACCUCCUCCACCAUAUCACUACACUUCCCCACCACCACCAGUUAAGUCACCUCCAACUCCAUACUACUACAAGUCUCCACCACCACCACCAAAGAAGUCUUCUCCCCCAACAUACUACUAUACUUCACCACCACCACCAACUCAUUACUAUCCUCCACAUCAUCAAUUUGUAGUCAAAGUUGUCGGAAAAGUCUAUUGUUUUAGAUGCCAUAAUUGGAAGCACCCAGAGAUGUCUCACGACAAGAAACACUUGAAAGGUGCUGUUGUUGAAGUGACUUGCAAGGCCGGUGACAAAGAAAUUGUGAGUUAUGGUACCACUAAGAUCAAUGGCAAAUUUAGCAUCAAUGUUGAAGGAUUUGAAUAUAGCAAAUAUGGAGCAAAGGCUUGCAAGGCUAAACUCCACAAUGCUCCUAAGGAUUCAAAGUGUAGCAUUCCUACAAAUCUUCAUUGGGGAAUUAAGGGUGCUAACCUCAAAGUGAAGUCAAAGAAUAAAUAUGAAGUUGUACUCUAUGCAAAACCAUUUGCUUAUGGCUCAAAGACACCUUAUGCAGAUUGCCUAAAACCCAAGCCUGCACCUGCUCCAUACUAUUAUAAAUCUCCUCCACCUCCAACACCGACUUAUGUUUACAAGUCACCACCACCUCCAUCACCAAAAUAUGUGUACAAGUCACCACCUCCCCCAACCCCGACAUACGUUUAUAAGUCUCCACCACCACCUACUUACUAUUACAAAUCUCCACCACCACCAACUAAGUCUCCACCACAUUACUAUUACAAAUCUCCACCUCCACCAUCACCAAAACCUGCACCGGUAUACUAUUAUAAAUCUCCACCUCCACCAUCGCCAAAACCUGCACCUGUAUACUAUUACAAAUCACCACCACCACCAUCACCAAAACCUGCACCUGUAUACUAUUAUAAAUCACCACCACCACCAUCACCAUCUCCUCCUCCACCAUACUAUUACAAGUCUCCACCACCACCAUCGCCAUCACCCCCACCUCCAUACUACUACAAGUCUCCCCCACCUCCAUCGCCUUCUCCCCCUCCACCAUACUACUACAAGUCACCACCACCACCAUCUUCAUCUCCUCCACCACCCUACUACUACAAGUCUCCUCCUCCACCAUCACCUUCACCACCCCCACCUUACUACUACAAGUCGCCUCCUCCACCGUCACCUUCUCCACCACCUCCUUACUACUAUCACUCUCCACCUCCACCCGUAAAGUCUCCUCCUCCUCCUUAUUACUACAGCUCACCUCCUCCACCAGUGAAAUCACCUCCUCCACCGGCGUACAUUUACGCUUCACCACCACCACCAGUCCACUACUAAGAGGUUUUGAGAGUGCAGUCAUUCUCCACAAUCAAUCAAAUUUUAGUUUGAAACACAAAAUAAAUGAUGGCUUCUUGAGGAAUAGAUUCAAACGUCAAUGGUACAAAGCAAUUAAUUUAUGGAAUAAGAUGUUCAAUCUUUUAA